UUUAAUUUUAACCCAACUGAUCUAAAUAACCAUGGAUAGUAUUGAAUGUAGUACUGGAAGUAAAGACCUAGUUGAAGGGCAACUUGCCACUCCUCCAUUGACAAUUUCAUCCAAUGGGACUAUAAAUCAAGAUCACUCCCAGAGUCUGGAUAUUUCAGACCCAGUGAGGGUCAGCAUUAGGAAGGAUCUCAAGAGAAUUAAAUAAGUUAUGAGAAACCACUACUUGCAAAGUAUAUCUUUAUAAGGAUCUUAAGACCAAUAAGAAAGUCGUUAUCAAGAAAAUGAAGGUAGAAGAGCCAGGCUGUGUUGAGGAGAAAACUGAGAUGAAAAAUGAAUGCAUCCUUCUUUCAAAAUGAAAUCAUCCCAAUAUCAUAAAGUAUUAUGGAGCCCAAUUCUUCUCGAAAGAUAUCAGAUCAGAAGACUCAGAUGAGCUUACUGGCGCAAUCAAGGAAGAGCUAUGGAUCAAGAUGGAGUAUGCUCCCAAAGGUAGCCUUGGAGACCUUAUAAACAAGUGUAAAAAUCUUGAAGGUGGCCCUAAAUACCUGAGUGAACACUUAGUUCUCAGAAUUUUCCUUCAAAUAUCUCUUGGAAUUAAACAUAUUCAUGACUCGAAAAUUAUUCACAGAGAUAUUAAGCCAGACAAUAUUUUCCUCUUUGGAGAUGAUGUAGUAAAGAUUGGAGAUUUUGGAGUCAGUAAGAUUAUAAAAGAAACUAUCCAACUGAACAGCACUUUGGCAGGCUCUCCAUACUACAUCGCUCCAGAAGUUUUCUUGAGAAACUACGAUUCCAAAGCAGACAUCUGGUCCAUGGGAGUGACUAUGUACGAACUUUGUUCGUACAUAGUUCCAUUCAGAGGACGAGAUCAGGAGGGUUUGAAAUAAAAACAUCUUCAAACAGAGAAAGGUAGAUCCUCUACCAUCUUGUUUCUCUGAGGAGCUUAAUAUCCUGAUUCUGAUGCUACUUAAGAGAAAAGUAGUCAAUAGAAUAUCUAUUGAUGAAAUUAUUAAGAGGAUUCUGGAGCUAGAUCCUUCUCUUAGAGAUGUAGCGGAAGUUACACCUCUCGAGGAGGAUAAUAUCUCAAAGCUGAAUGAUGAUUGGAGUCAAUAUGAUGAUAAUUACUUUAAUUGCACAGUGAAAACCUCAGAUACAGUUCAAGAAAUGCCGGCAAACCUCAUUUGUGUUGAGCAAGGAUUUGAUGUAAGGAAAAAGCAUAGAAUUAAUAAGUUUGAAGAGACUGGAAAUAAUGGAUUUGAGAUUAUUCAAAAGGAAUAUUCAGAUUCUAGUGAUGAGAUUUGAUCAGAUGAAGCAAGCGAAACUUCUAUCAAGCCCUUAAAGAAGCAAGAAGUAGGAUUUGAUAAAAGUAAAGAUAUUCGCAAAAUGCUGAACCCUUCAAAUUGAUACAGAAGUAGUAUAGCCAAUAGGCUUGCAUAGGAGGAUCUUCUUGUUCUAACCUAUCUCAAACACUCUUUGAGAAUCUAAUAAGUGUAAUUAUU